AUGAAGUCUCCGAUGCCUGCCAUCGCCCGCGUUCUCGCCCUCUUCAGGGCUCCUGAGUACCUACCAAUUUGCUACCAUAUUGGUUUAGCACCAACACUCGCGUGCCUCCUCCCAGCCGCCCAGCCCAGCAAAGUCACCAAAGGCGGGACUGGCGUGGCUGUAUGA